GGCGAGGGGCAGCCCGUGGGCGAGGGGCAGCCCGUGCGCUCGGACCAUGCCGCCGGCGCCGGCCUCCCGCGGUCUCGCUGCAGCAGCCGGUGGACGUCGGGGCGCUCCGCUAUUCCUUUAUCCUUUUUCAUGAAUGGAGUGAGUCCUGAUGUCAUCUGUAUAAUGCUAGAUACUGUUGAAAAGUGGCCACCCUCAAAAUGGAAAUGAAUGGGACUGCUAAAACCAAGAAACCUUGGAAAAUGAACUCAACCGGUGAACCUUUAUCACUUAAUGGUAUAGAAGCCAAUCCUUUAAAAAAAUUUACCAUUCCCAAGAUCAGGAAGACAACUGAGAAAGUUUACUUGUCACCUUGCUGCACCAAUACUAGAGAGUACAGUUUCAUACAUGAUACUCUUAACCAGUGCAGGCUUGAUCUGAAGUGUAAUCUACAGUUGUCCUGGCAGUUUGGGGAUACAAAACUUGUUCACAAUGAGGAUCUGGAAAAAAAAUUUACUGCUAAGAGGUCGGAAAUGAGAGAGAAUGGAAGGCAUGGCAGAGAACUUGAGGAACAUUUCUGUUUUUUGGCACUUCCUCACAGUGAUGUCACAGAGAUAUAUCGGAAUGGAAUAAGUACCAGAUCAUCAACGUUGAAGAUUCUAGGAAAUCCUCUUCUUGGAAUUUACAUGUUUAGACAUGUUGACAUUGCCUUGAAUUAUGCUCAUAGUCGAAACAUUACUGUAGAAAACAUUGUAAUGUUCAAGGUUCUGUUUGGAAAAGUAAAGAAAAUCCAACCUUCGGUGGAUAAAAGCAAAGUUUCUUUAGAUCCUUCUCCUAACUUUGAUUGUCAUAUGUCAAGAAAUGCACCUUCUCUGAAAGAUACUCUUGAACUCCAAGCUUACAGUUCAGUGGUUUACUUCUAUGAAUACAAUCUUUUUUCAAAGCCAGUAGAUAAACCUAGGCAGUGUCUUCCAUAUGCAGUAGUAACAGUAAAAUUUAUUGGCCAGAGAGUAGAUAAUGGACACCUUAUGACAUCUUUGCGAGCCUUUUCGGCAGGAUUGCCUAAGAGGACUGAAAGACCAUGUUCUCUGAAUAACUGUACGGUGGCCAAAAGAAUUGGAAAAGGAAAAGAUGCUACUGUCAUCUUUGAGCAUUUCAGGAAACCUGCAGAUCCAUUUGUGCAGGAGAACUGUUCAUGUAAUCCAGUAAAUUCAGAGAAAAAUCUUUCCAACUCAAAUAUUACUAAUUCUUAUGGAAAUACACAAAAUGGAAGCAUUCCCAUACUUGAAACAAAUAGUGUACAGACAGAGCAUGAUUUCGCAGAAAUUAGAGGCACUACUCAAGUAAAUGUACAUGAUUCAGAUCCCUCAUCUAUGUACAGUGAUAACAGAGAAAAUGUCAAUGGUGACCUUUUGUUAAAUUUGACGUAUCUUAAAAGUAUUUUAAGUGGUAUCUCUACCACUCUUCCCAUUCAUAACAAUACUGGCUCCAGCACAGUUAUUACUUCAAAACUCAUCAAAGAUCCAAGAUUGACGAAGAGAGAAGAAAACCUAGGAAAACAGAAAACUGCUGCAGGUUUUAGUGACAUUUUGCCAAUUGAGAAGAGUUUGGGUUGUGUUAAUUCAGAAACAAGUCUGUCAACUGUGCCAACAAAUUCUACCAUCUCAUCUGAAGUUGUGUCUGGUGAUCAUGCUGUUGCUACUAAUUGUUUGGCUAUCCCAUGCUUCAGAUUUUCUUUUGAUGAAACACAAUCUCAGAUUCACCACAUGGACUCUGAGAACUACCAUUGUGUUACUCCCAGUAAAGCUACCACGGCAGAAUCAUGGAAGGACCAACUUCUUCCAGUUUCCUGCCCAAUUUUUCUGUCAGAUGUAGUUUCAGACAUGGGCAAUCAAAAGCACAGUGAGGAAAAAGCCCAGAGUGCCCAACAGAGAAGCAGCAUUGAAUUUUCAAUUGAACAAGACAAUCAGGCAUAUGAGUCAAUGAACCCUUAUGCAGAAGAACCUGGUGCUCAGAUCUAUGAAAAAUCACAGUCUUCAGAUUUGAAAACUGACUACCAGAGUGGUCACCAAUUACCUAUAGUUUUUCCACCCCAAAAGAAAGCAAGCACAGAUGAAUACAUUCAAAAUAUUGGAAAGUUGAGAAGCUUCACUGAAUCAGAAGACAAUUUCAAUCAAGGAGAAAAGCAUUCUUUCUGGAAAGAAAUUAACUGUGUUUCUAAUGGAACCAAAAUCAAUCCCAUAGAUAAUUACAUUUCAUUAAACCAAAAUUGCAAAGAGACUGACUGUCUUAAUUCUGUUGGGGAAAACUGUGGCAAUGUGAUCAUUUCUCAAGAGUUAGACAUACCAAAAUUUCUCACAUCUACUACAAAGGAUACAGUUAAACUAGAUCAUCUGACUUUAGAAUCACAAAGUAAUCUUACUCCAAGUGUAGAGUGUGCUUCACAGAAACUUCCUCAUCACUCUAUGAAGUAUGAUGAUGGCAUUCACACAAGUUUUCCUCUAACUCAAAAGCUAAUGGAAUUGAAUUUGGUAAAAACAAAUCAAAAUUGUGUUAGUAUUAUGAGUGAUGAUUUACAGGAAGUAGAAGACAUUGCCCAAGACAAAAAAGAACUCGUUGAUGGAGUUAUUUCAACUAAUGGCAUUGAAAUAGUUCAUGAUUAUUCACAUUGCAACGUAAAUAGAGAACACAUGGGUUUGCAUGAAGAAACUGAAAAUACAUCGGUGUCAUUAGAGAACAUUCAGAAAGACUUUGAACUAACUCCUCGUGUUGAAGAUCAAAGUCAGGAUAACACUCUUUUUGGUAAUGCACAGUUGAACAUUGAUACAUACCUGAAUAUUAACUGUGGAGAACAGAGAGACAAUGAUAAAGAAAAUAAAAAUGAGGAUAAAAAGGAAGAUAGUGCAUCAUUUCCAGGAAACAACAUAGAGAAUGUAUGUGUAGACAAAAAACAGAGUUUUCUUACAAACAAUGACUGGACCAAUAUAGAUGAAAAGAGAAACAAUGAAAAUGGCAACAAAGUAGAAAUGUCUAGUACCGAAGGACUUUCUUCUACAUUUAACUUGAUUUGGAGAGAAACAUAUGUACCAACAAAAACUACAUUAAAUGAUACCGACAUAAAGCAAAAGGAUACUGAAAAUACUGGAAGAAACAUAGAGCAUUUGGGUUCUCCAGCACUUCAAGAAAUUACAGGUUCUUCAGUGUGUGUGGCCUCCAGUGCCACCACAAAUGUAGCUGUUACUACUGUGCCUGUGUUGGACACAAAUCAUGACCAUCAAAGAGACCAGCUUAAAAAAACAUAUUCUGAGAACGCAGAUGGUUGUGAAUUUGACAUAGAUAAAAAGCUACAAGAUUCAUUUCAUCACUCAAAAAAUGAAAAUUCAAUUCUUCCAAAUUUCGAUUUGGAAAAUGAGAUUGAGUUAGAAUCAGAAUCAGGUGAGAAUAGUAAACUUGGGUCAGAAUAUGAUGAUGAUACUUUUACGUUUCAGCAAGAUGCACAAAGCCAUAGGAAUGUGCUUUAUGAAGAAUUUGAGGCCUCAUACAAAGCUCUGAAAUCUCGAAUUGAUUGGGAAGGUUUAUUAGGAAAUAGUACUGGGGAAAUAGAAGCAAUGGAAAACAGUGCAAGAAGGGAGAAGCGUGAUCAGCAUUACUGUAAGGAGACUAAUUGUAUUCAUUUCCCCUCACAAAAACACAAAAUAGAGAUGCUCAACCCAAGUUUUGUUCCAGAUCUAAAAGUUAGAAUUACUAACAUAUUUAAGCUAGGGUUGAGCCACACAGCUGACUCCUUUGUGUUUGAAGAUAACUUUUACAAAUCUCCAACUAAUUCCCCAAAACAAGAAAUAAAUAAGAAGGGGGAAAUUCCAAAAACUGAAAUUUAUUCCCAGCCUUCUGGUGAAAAUUCAGAUUCUCCUGGUAAAGAUAAAUCUGGUACCAUAAGGCAAGAAUCAGGACUGCAGAAUAAAUCUGAAGGCUCCCUUUCAUCUGAUCUGAGUGCUGAUACGCAUGUGAGUCUCAUAUCUGAAAGACAUAAUAGCAACUCUUCAGUUAUUGAAACUUCUGAUGUCACAGUAGUAAAUUAUGAAAGUGAAUGUUCCUAUAAAAAAUCAAAAACUGAUUGUAAUGAGACAAAAAAUGAGGACAUGAAAAGAAGAAAUGGCAAAAGAAAGCAACACUCAUCUUUUAAAGAUCAGAACGUAACACAUAAAGAUUCCAGACAGCAUGAAAUUUGUCAGAAGAGGAGGCGGCUGGCUGGUGAAGAUUCAUCUGAAUGUUUUUCUUCAUUAUCCCAAGGACGGAUUAAAACAUUUUCACUGACAGAAAAGCACAUUAGGAAUGUCCUGAAUAUUCUAAACAGCGAAGCAUCCCUAUGCAAAAGCAAACGUCUUUCCAAAAAACUUGAUAGAGCUGUUCUUCACUUAAAAAAAGCUCAUAGAAGAGUUCACACAUCUUUACAGCUGAUAACUAAGGUGGGAGAACAAACAAAGAGUCCAUUACCUAAAGCAUAUGCAAUAAUAUGCAAUAGUUUCUGGGAAAGUUGUGAUCUACAAGGUUAUACUCCUGUGCCUGAAAGAAGAUAUGGUUCAACUAAGCAUUUGCUGUCAAAAAGGAAACACAAAAAACAGGAAGAGAAAAAAGCUAUAGAAUUUAAUAUUAAUAACUCAGUAAGCAGUGUGUCAAAGCAUAAGUCUUACAAAACAAAUGGAGAAAGAGUCACAAAGUACCUUUCCAGGAAAAGUAUGAGCAGUGUCUCCAGAAGCCACACCACUAUUCAUGUGACAGAGUUUCGUAAUCAGAAACAUCGCAAGUCGAAGUUCCCUCUAUGUUCUGCAGCCCAAAGUGUAAGUCAAUCAGCAUGUAUUAAUAACAGUGUGAGAAAUCCUUUUUCAUCAGAACUUCAGCCCUUUUCUGAAAAAACCACAUAUUUGUUUUCCUCAGACCAUCAGGAUGAUGAUCUAACUGAACAAGAGAAUCUUAUUGACAUAAAAUUUUUAUCUAAUAUUAGUGAAUAUGAAAAUGUUACAAACCAUUCACCACCUAAUAAUGAUGCCACAAAAGAAAAAGAAAAAUUUGAAACUAACAAAGGAAUAAAUGAAUGUAAUUCAGUAUCAUUAAGUCACAUGCAAGAAAACAACACAGACAAAAAUAAUGGUGAAACUUGUGUAGCUCACACAAAGGUGGAAGCUGACAUACUUAUUUCAGUCUUAAAAUCAAAUGUGGAGCAGGUUUUGAAUGACACCUGCAAACAAGAUAACCUUAUUUUAUCUGGUUGUGAAACAAGCCUGAAAGUAAAUUUUCCUGUAGAACAGUGUCCUGCACCUUUCAAGAGUUCCAAACCAACAUGUAUCACAGAUGAUUUCCUUAUGGAUCCAUUAAACUUAACUCUGAUAGCAAGCAAAAAUCACAAUAUUCCUCAAUUGUUAGCAAUUACUCCAGUAAUAGAAGCUGAUGAAUAUUCCAAGUCUCAUGCAACAUCUGUGACUACUUCACACUGUCAGCAGGAAUGUGGUGGAAAGGAGCUUGUAAAGUCAGGACGCUGUUCUUCGAGUGAGUGCUUCCAUACAGAUGGGAAUGAAGCGAAUGUUACUGAGAAUUCUGAGUCGGGCCUAACAUCAGCUACUGAAGAAAGUAAAAAUCACAGGGGAAAUAUAAUGAAGAAACUAUCAUCCAGUGAUAGUUCUCUGCUCUUAAAAGAUAAUAACGAAGACUCUUUGAGACAAUGUAUUACAGAGAGAGACAUUCAGGACAGAAAAACAUGUGAAGUGGAACAGGCAGAAAAAGCAAAAAAUUCACUUUACAAGAGAAGAAUGACUAAAAGGUCAACUGUGGAGACUGAGUAUCAAAAUCAAAAGAGUAAUAUUUUAGAAGAAUCCCACUUAAAUGAGGAGAUAACUAAAACUGACUUGCUUAGUUCUCAUUCAAGCAUUCAAAAUAUUACCGUACAAGCAGUUUGUGUGAAUGACACCGUCCGUAAACAACUAAAACGAAAGAGAGAGGAGGACAACGAAGUUAGAAGUAAUGACCACAUUCAUUCUGACUGUAUUUCCCAACCAGGCAGUAUAGACAUUAAUCAUAUGCCUGUUUCAAUUGCCCACUCUGAAGCCUCUAAACUUGUCACUCAUCAGACAAAUCUUACGUCAUGCAUAGGUGGCAUAAAAAAAAGAGAAUGCUCAGUUAGUUAUCUGGCUCCAAUAGCUGAGCUCUCUCAGAUUUUGCAGAGGGCAGAUAAAGCAACAUCUUUGCAAGUUCUCCAAGAAGAAACUAAGGUUUGUCAAAAUAUGCUCCCUUUAUUUGUCAAGGCUUUUGAAAAAAAGCAAGAUUGUUCACUUGAACAAAUCCUCAUUUCAAGAGAAUUCUUAGUGGAACAAAACCUAUGGAAUAAUUGCAAAUACAAGUUAAAACCAGGUGCUGUUGACACUUUGGUAGAACUUCAAAUGAUGAUGGAAACUAUUCAAUUCAUUGAAAACAAAAAAAGACUUUUAGAAGGUGAAGUGACAUUCAGAAGCUUACUUUGGUAUGAUGAUACAUUAUACAGUGAGUUGCUUGGUAAACCACAUGGUUAUCAACAACAGUCCAGUUUCUAUCCUGGUUUCCAAGGAAGAUUAAAGUACAAUGCUUUCUGUGAGUUGCAGAGUUACCAUAAUCAAUUAGUUGAACUGGUCGCUGAUACGAAAAGGAAAAAUAAUUCAUAUUAUGCAUUCUUAAAAUGCAAACGACAAAUCAGUGAAUGUGAAGCCAUAAUGAAGCGUUGUUCUGAUUGUUUUGACUUUUUUCUGUCUGUUCCGUUGACCUGUGGAGUUAAUUUUGGUGAUAGCUUAGGAGAUUUAGAAAAUGUAAGAAAGAAUACUUUAAGGUUGAUCAGUGUGUAUGAGGACUCUCCCAAAGUUGAUUUGUACCCAGAAAAACAAGACCAUUUAUGGAUUGUCAUAGAAAUGAUCUCCUCAAAAGUUAAUUUUAUUAAGAGCAAUGAGGCAGUAAGUAUUAAAAUAUCUCUUUUUGGUCUGGAACAUAUCUUUUUUGAUGCUGCAAAGAAUCUUGUUUGGAAAGAAAGGAAACAGUCUUCCAGCAAAAAGUUCUCAGAGAUAAAUGAAGUGAAUCAGUGUGCUUUUUCUAAGCUGCAGAAGAUAUGUGAUACCUUAUGUGAAGAUUUAAGCAGUGAACAACAAACUUCCAGUAUGCAGCUUGAGGAGGGUACUGUGAUGGCUUCCAGAAAGACAGAUGAGGUAAUAGACAGAGCAACAGUUAACAUAGAGAACUGUAGGUUUAACAAUAAUUUGCUGUCAUGCCUAGGUAUUUCUUGUGUUGGUGAAAUAUUGGAUCAAGCUGAAUUUGCAGACUUCAGUAAAUUGCAGGAACUCACUCUGAGAUGUACAGAUCACUUAGAAAUGUUAAAAAAGUACUUUCAGAUGACUCAACAAGAAAACACAGAUAGUAUCUUGGUUACAGAAGAAAAUGUUCUGGAUAUACUAAAAAGUCACAAGCAGGGCACUGUAAUUUUAAAAUCUGAAGCCAUUGAAACAUAUAUUGAAAUUGUCAUGCUCUCAGAGACAAUUCAUUUUCUUAAAAAUUCAGUUGCAAAGAAACUAGGCAAGCAGAGGUUCCGAGGUAUGCUUUGGUUUGAUUUGUCACUUCUUCCUGAACUGAUUCAUUGCCAAGAAAACAUGGCUGCUUUCUCAUUUCUUCGAGGUAACCCAGCAGAUUGUCUUUGGGAAGUAUUAGAGACUGACAUUUCUGAAGUUAAAAAAGAUCUGGAUAUUAUCCACAAGUAUAGUGAAGCUGUUAAUUGCUCUUAUGCUUUUCAUUUAUUCUCAAGAGAACUGGAAGAACUUACAGAAAUAAAAAGUCUUGUGGAGAAGUCUGAAUAUUCCAUUUCCACCUACAUAGACUUUGUGCCGUACAUAGCAUCUGUAAACUAUGGAAACAGUAUGACAGAAUUAGAAUGCAACUAUAGUCAGUUUUCUGCACUAUUGAAAAAUGUAAUGGCUGCCCCACAGAAAGAUUUGGGGAAAAUGGCCCAUAUUAUGAAAGUCAUGAAAACGAUUGAACAUUUGAAGAUUAUUUGUGUUAAAAAUGCAGAAUUAACCAAUUCCUUUACCCUGUGCCAAAUGCUAAAUAAUAGAAGGAAUAUUCCCAAACUGAAUAGAAAUGGAAAUACACAACCUGUUGAAAGUAACAUUAUUUCCUGUACUCCAAUUAAAAUGCCUUCAGUUUCAGAAUGCGAAACUAAAAAUGUCUCAAAUUCCUCCAAAAAGCGAUGUAUCACUGUAGAAAGUUGUGAAGACUCCCAGGAAAAAGAGAAAAACACUGCUGUUUCCAGUUGUAAAAAGCAAAAGGUUAACAUGAAAGAUGAUGCAAAAAUCAACAGAGAGAAGACAACAGGCAAGCAUCCGAGGAUUGCAGAAUCUCAUCCCAAAAGUGAAAGACAAACAGGGUCAAGUUUAUCUGACAGCCAGAGAAGCAAACAUGUACCUCCAGAAAAGGUCAACAUGCAGAGGUCACCAGCUGGCUCACUUUCACCUCUGAAGAACCAAAACGAGAAUUGCACAGCAACGUCAGCAAGAGGAACAGAUUUAAUGAAUACAUCUUUGGAUGCUUCGGAACACUUGACUGAGCAACAGGGAAGCCUAAAUGAAGUAAAGAGUUCCACUGCUGCCAAAACACAAAGUGAUAUGAAGGAAUGUGCUGCUUUUGCGAUUUGUGAGCAAAAGAAUGGAGAUGGCACAUCUUUGAAAGACCACGAACUACCACCUCAGAAAUUCCUAAAAGAUUCCCCAAAUCCUGCACAUAAAUCUUGUCUCUCAAACAUAAAACCAGGAACGAAUGAUUCUCUUGAGCCUCAUGCAUCAGUGCAUGCGAAGCCUUUUGUAGAGUCUGAUAUCCAUAGCAAUCCAGAAGUGAAUGACUCUAUCUUUGAAUCUCAAGGUAUAGAAAUAAUAAACACACCUAUUAAAAGUUCUACAUGUACCAACUCUUCGCAACUCGCCUGUACACAGGACAAAAUUCCUGUUCUGCAAAUAAGUAAAAGAAAGCCUGCAAAAAUUAAGUCAGAAGGAAGAUAUCUUAGAGAUACAGUGCAUGCCAGAGCCAUACCUUUUGGAGCAUCUGGGGAUGUUACACGUGACGUGAAUAAAAGAGCAGAGUGCUUUUUUUCUGAGCCGCAGAAUGAUGAGAAUGCCAGAGUCCCAGCUCAGCAUGCUACCACAGAUUGGAAUGAACUUCCGCAGUCAGCAUGCACCCCGGCGUAUAAUUCUUCUGAGCAUUUUGGAAUUUCAUAUCCAUAUUAUGCUUGGUGUGUGUAUCACUAUAGCAGCAGUAGCAGUACCAUCACUCAGACAUAUCAAGGGAUAACAUCUUACCAAGUACAGCCAACUCCUGGGAUGUUCACUACAGUAGCAAAUACUGUCCAGAGCACACAUUCUCAACAUUUUAGUUGUUUUGCUGGGACACAAGCAAAUGGUUUAAUGCCAGUGGGUGGCUAUUUAUCUCAAAUGCCUAUUUCUCAUAAUUUUCAGCAGCCUGUUUUUUCACAGUAUGCUUCUCAUCAGCCAUUGCCACAAGCUACAUACCUGUACCCUCCUAAUACACAUGUGCAUCCAGAAGUUCCUUGGAAUUUUGCUCCGUGGCAACAAGAACCAUUUCAUCCAAGACACUAAAAGUAGUCUUCUGUCAACUGAAAUAAAGGAGAUUUAAGAAGUUUUUAAGUA